AUGAGUAUGCAAAUGUCUUGCGAUUCGAUACCUGCCAUCUCGAAGCGCCAGGGCGGAACAAUCAGAGAGACUCUGCAGAAGCAUGGAAACACCAAGUCUGCCUCGAGAUUGUUGAGCAAUUGUGCCAUGCUGGUGGGUUCCCGCUGUCCUACCGGCAGGAGCCAAGGCAAGACUCGCCUCGACGUCAUCUACAUGAACCACGACAAGGUCUGCCACCCGCCUCCAAGUCCGGUGCAAUACAGCUCGAGCCCAAGCUACAAGGUACCCAUAGAUCAGCUACGGCCACCCAACCCGGACGUGCAAGCCGUGCAGUACGCCGAAGACAUUCUCACCACUCACGGCAUUCCCAUCAUUCCCACAGGAGCAACAGCAGGCCCGUGGACGAGCGACCUUCGCAUGAUCGGCGUGCGUCCAAUGCAAGCCAUCGCUCAUCCCGCAGUCACGUGUCGCAGUAUCGAAGGUCAAAUGAUGAGCCGUACCGGACGGAGAGUGAGAGGGAGGAGUAUAUCAAGCAGCUCAAACGCACUGAAUCCACAAGGCCUACGCUUGGAGGUUCCCUGUGGUCGAUGUGGAGGGCUAUGA